AUUCCUUAGAGAUGCCACACCCUUCGGAUGUUCUCCUUCUCCACUACCACCAACCCUUACAUGAUGUAUUGUGUCACCUAUUGUGGUGAAGCCCCAGAGGCCGGUGCAAUGACAGAGCUCCGGAUGUUUGACCCGGCCAAGGAAGAGUAUUUUACCGUCCGUGAUAAGCCACUUACCAAAGAGUUGGUUACGUCGAGGCUGGUGGGAAGUUCCCAUGGUUGGGGAGUUUUUCUUGGCUCCCCUAAUUCCAUACUAAUAAGCGACUACUGCAAUCCAUCGAGCUCCAAAUCAAACCCCAAGAUGAUCCCUCUGCCUCCUCGAAGUUAUGAAUACUCUUGUCAAAAUGAAUUGGUAAGUGGCGUGGCAAUGUCCUCUUCUCCUGAAGAAGAAGACUUCGUUAUGGCUGUCAAGUUCACGGGACGUCGGGUGAGUAUAUAUAGGCCCGGUCAACACCGUAAGGGGAACCACCGCUUUUCGUCUACUGAAUUAUUCGAUUAUUUUGAACAAGCCAACUUGAUGUAUUCCAAGAGAGAUCAAAGGUUCUACAUGCCAAGUUCUGGAGGCCACCACUUGUGGUCUUGGAAUGGUAUAAUAUCCACCGACUCUCAGUACCAUGACUUACGCUUUCACAACCUUCCUCUGUUUUCACUUUCCGAGUUGCAGCUUUUGAGAUCUUGUUACAGGACACAACAACUUGUGGAGUCUCCCUCAGGACAGCGUUUCCUAGUCAAAUGGUAUGUUCAAACCCUUGGCAGGUCUGUUCAAAGCCUUGCGCAUAGGUCGGUAAAAUUCAGUUUUGGCGGCACAAAGCUAUUCAUGGUGUUCAGAGAGGAGGAAGAUAUGAACAUGUGUUACACACAAGACAUUGGUGAUCUCUGCAUAUUCCUCGGCAAUAACGAGCCUUUUUGUGUCAAGGCCAGCUCCUUCCCGGGCCUAAACCCUAAUUCCAUUUAUUUCCUCGGUGACCGUUAUGGUGAAGGCUAUGGUAUUUACGAUAUUGCCACUAGAACCCCACGUUCCUUCAAUCCCAAGUCUUUUUCAGCUUUCUCUGAUUUACCUAAUGGCCAAGGUUACGUGGUUCCCAAUUGGGUUCCUCACUGGAUUCCUCCAUUUCCUCUCUAGUUGAUAUGUUAUUCGUUUUCAAAAGCUUAAUUAAUCGCAAUUGGCAUUAUCAUCUUCCUACUCUGCUCCCAAACAAGCAAUUGAUCUUGAUCAAGG